UCGGCAGAGGAAGGAGGCUGAGUCGCAGGUGGCAGCAGGCGGGCGGGGAGCAGGCAGGCGGGGGAGGGAGCACUUAACACCGGCUGUGGAGCUUCUUGUCGCCGGCAAACAAAAAGUGAGGAGAGGCGGGCCGGCGGGGAAAGUGUCACGUCAGCCGCCGUGUGGACGUCGGACGCCAACAUGAGCGAACGCUUCCUUUCUGGCUCCGGGAGAGGACCUUACCUGCACACUCAAGCCGCAGGUGUGUGAGUCUGUGCCCGCCAACUUUGAAGAGGCUCCCGCCGGCGUGGAUGUGGAACUAUGGACGGACUGACAGCCUUGCUCGUCUUCCUGUGGAUUGUUCAAGGUGACACCCACAAGGUGGAGAUCCCCCAGGAGGAAAUGGAGGUGGUGAAGGGCCAGAUGGUGGUGCUGCAGGCCUGGUACACGCCCAUCUCCGAUAUCUCCAAAAACUCGGUCAUUUGGCACUUCACGGGGAAUCAGUCCAAGCAGGUGAUCAACUUCAGCUCAGGGGAGGUGGGCCACGGCCAGAACGAGUUCACCAAGAGAGCGGGCUUCAGCGCCGCCAUGCCCUCCGCCAACCUCUCCAUCUGCAUCAACAACACCCAGGAGUCGGACUCUGGACGCUACGUGUGCAACGUCAUCAUCCCCGGGGGCGCCGGCAUUUCUGGACAGAUGCGGCUGAAUGUCAAAGUCCCCCCCUCCCCCCCUGUGUGCAUCAUGACAGGAGAGCCGGUCGUCAACGGCAACGUGACUCUGAGCUGCAAGUCCGGCCACGGAAAGCCGGUCCCUCAGUACAAGUGGACCAAGUCCGCCCCCAUGCCGGAGGUCUUCUUCUCGCCUAUGCAGAAAUGGAGACCCUGCCCUCAGCCUAUUCUGGUCCUGGGGUUCAUGGACGAGCGACAAGGCACCCUGCGGCUCAGCAACCUGACCAAAAGCAUGUCGGGGAAGUACAUCUGCCGAGCCAGCAACACAGCCGGCUCUGACAGCUGUUCCAUUAACCUGGAGGUUAUCACCUCUUCCAACACCGGCAUGAUUGCGGCCGCCACCCUCGGGUCCAUGGUGGGGCUGGUCGCCAUGGCGAUCUUCCUCAUAUUCCUUCUGCGGAGGAGGCGGGACACCGAGGAGGAAACGGCCAACGAGAUCAAGGAGGACGCCCAGGCCCCAAAGCGAGUGUCCUGGGCCAAGAGCAACACGGGUUCGGACAUCGUGUCCAAAAACGGCACGCUGUCGUCCAUCGCCACCAGCCCUCGCCCCGGAGACCACCACCACCACCACCACCAUCAUCGCCAGCCCAACUUCCACUACCCCUACACCCCGUCGUCCACCACGGACACGGGCUCCGUCAUCAACGCCUACCAGCUGCGGCCCGGCGAGGCCACCACCCUGCAGGGACUCCCGGGCUACAACGCGGGCGGGACCUCGUCGCGCAAAUACAAGCGACCCUCAACCGCAAACGGAGCCCCUCCCCAAGUUCUCCGAGGCCCCCUGGUGGCCAUGCCCGACCGGACUGAAGGUGCUCAGCCUCAGAUGCCGCCCCCCUUCACCGUGUCCCCGCAGGCCAGCGCCUCUACGCUGACCCGGGCGGGGACGGUGGCCGUCUUGGUGCCUGCUCACAGCCAAGCAGGCUCCCUGGUGUAGCGUUCGCGGGUUUUGAACAUUCGCCUUUUCUGGAGGAAACCAUUUCCGAGCUGGUUUGUGCUUCUUUUGCACUCCAAAUACCGCUGACGCUGCACAUUUUUGUUUUUCUACAGACGUUUGUUUCGAACACUUGUCGUAUUUAAAAAAAAGGCGCAGCAUCCAACAUCCAUUAGUUUCCCCCCCCCAUCUGAAAGUUUUGACGUUUUUUUUGCGUUGGACCACUCGACUUCUCUCAGGCUAAAAAGGCUCCCAGUUCCGAGCAAAAACCACCAGAAAUAAAAGUACAAUUCAGGUUUUUCUAAAGGAUUUCAAUUUAGCUCUGGUUUGUUUGUUAGCCGUGACGGUGGAUGGAAUGUAACCAAAAAUAACUUUGUUGGUGGAUUUUAUGACGGUUAAUGUUUGAGGACAUGGUUGGAUGAGGGACAUCCCACAAUGCACUGCUUUGUUUGUGGAGUACAAUUUAUACGGAAUGCUUGGAGAAUUGACCAAAAAAAAAAAAAAAAAAAACAGUGUUACAGUAUUUGUAAAUGUUGGGACAGCUACAUGUAGCAUUUGAAAUAGUUUUUGGAUUGUUGGCAGUUUUUAUUCCAAUAAAAAGUGUUUCAUUACAGUGAAA